CGACGCCCAGCACAAGCGGGGAAAGCUGACAGCAAGGGAACGAAUUUUGCUGCUGUUGGACCCUGACAGUUUUGAUGAAUAUGACAUGUUUGUGGAACACAGAUGUACUGACUUUGGGAUGGACUCUAGUAAGAAUAAGUAUCCUGGUGACAGUGUGGUGACUGGCCGUGGACGAAUUAACGGGAGACUAGCUUAUGUUUUCAGUCAGGAUUUUACUGUAUUUGGAGGCAGUUUAUCUGGAGUUCAUGCUCAGAAGAUCUGCAAGAUUAUGGAUCAAGCUGCCAUGGUUGGAGCACCUGUGAUUGGGUUGAAUGACUCUGGAGGAGCCCGUAUCCAGGAGGGAGUGGAGUCCUUGGCAGGCUAUGCAGACAUAUUUUUGAGAAAUGUUUUGUGUUCUGGUGUCAUUCCCCAAAUCUCCCUCAUCAUGGGUCCUUGUGCUGGUGGAGCUGUGUAUUCUCCUGCCUUAACUGAUUUCACAUUCAUGGUGAAGGACACAUCCUACCUAUUCAUCACUGGGCCUGAUGUGGUAAAGUCUGUCACCAAUGAAGAUGUCACCCAGGAGCAGCUGGGGGGUGCAAAGACACACACUGCAGUGUCUGGAGUUGCACACAGAGCCUUUGAGAAUGACAUCGAUGCUCUGCUGAACCUCCGAGAGUUCUUUAAUUAUUUACCCCUGAGCAACCGGGAUCCAGCUCCAGUCUGCGAGUGCCAUGAUCCCAGUGACCGUCCGGUUCCAGAGCUGGACACCAUUGUCCCAAGUGAGUCAACCAAAGCCUAUGAUAUGCUGGAUAUUGUACACUCCAUUGUGGAUGAGAGGGAAUUCUUUGAGAUCAUGCCAACCUAUGCCAGGAACAUCGUGGUGGGAUUUGCCAGAAUGAAUGGACGGACCGUUGGGAUCGUGGGCAACCAGCCCAAAGUAGCCUCAGGGUGCUUAGACAUAAAUUCUUCUGUGAAAGGAGCCCGCUUUGUUCGGUUCUGUGAUGCCUUCAACAUCCCCCUGAUCACGUUUGUGGAUGUUCCUGGGUUUCUGCCAGGCACGGCUCAGGAGUACGGUGGGAUUAUACGUCAUGGUGCCAAGCUGUUGUUUGCCUUUGCAGAGGCAACUGUGCCUAAGAUCACUGUCAUCACCAGAAAGGCCUACGGGGGUGCCUAUGAUGUGAUGAGCUCCAAGCACUUACGAGGAGAUGUGAAUUACGCCUGGCCCACAGCUGAGGUGGCCGUGAUGGGAGCCAAGGGUGCUGUCCAGAUCAUCUUCAGAGGAAAGGAGGCAGAUGCAGAGGAGGAGUACGUGGAUAAGUUUGCAAACCCCUUCCCUGCUGCCAUGAGAGGGUUUGUGGAUGACAUCAUCCAGCCUUCAACCACCCGCGCACGCAUCUGCCAUGACCUCGACGUACUGGCCAGUAAAUCCCAGUCCAGUCCUUGGAAGAAACAUGCCAACAUCCCACUGUGAGGGUGAGCAGGGGCUGUCCAUGCUGGGAGACAUCCUGAACAUGAGUUCUGAUUAAAUCUCUGAUUAAUGGAGGUCGCUUGGCAAUAGAAACAAUUAUUUUCAUUUUGAUUUUGCCAAUAAUCAUCAAUAAAUCAUACUAUAUAUUUAA